AUGGCGCCGGAACCGGCGGGGAAGUGGGUCUUUCCAGAGCUGCGCAACAUGAUUUUGCAGACAGCAAGAAAAACUUCGAAUGACGCAGAAAAGGAGAAUGAACAAGCUCGAAGUGCAUCAAAUUUCCUUACGCCUAGCUUUACAGAGUCUAACGUUCCGUGGGCAGUAGAGCAGCAACUGCGACGCACAACCUGUACAUUUGUCGAGCACCUAGCACAACUUCUAGAAAUGCCUGAGGCUCCAAGUAUAUCAGCGCAAUUGUUCAUUCAACGCUUUUAUAUGAUGCACUCAUUUGCGACCCACGACCGCUUUUUAGUAGCAACGGCUGCGCUGUUUCUGGCUGGCAAGACCGAAGAAUUUCCAGUCAAGGUCCGCUAUAUUACCGAGUGCUCUAUGUACUUACUGCUCUGUCGUGAGCAGGCUCAAGAAAAGCUUAUGAAAAAACAUAAAGGUCAUGUACUAAAAGGAAGUGGGUCUACUGCUUCACGACAUUCUCCGUCACCUGCUGAGCCGAUCAAAAAGAAACAGCGGAUGGAUUUAAAAGGCAAACCACUGGAGAUGCCUACCACUCUCGAAAAAGAUAAAGAUAACGCUAAUACAAAGCACAUUGAGUGGCUUAAUGCAAUAUUAGAAUUCGUGGAAGUCGGAGAAGUCGAAGCAAAUGCAAGCAAAGUCUUACUACUCGAGAGGAUCUUGUUACUCUCGUUAUCGUUCGAAAUCGCAGCCCCUCAGCCAUUUGCUUAUGUGGCUCGACACAUGGAGCGAAUAUUUGCCUUAGAAGCAAUGCAUCCAGAUAUUAGCUACGAGAAUAUUCGUCAGGUUACGUUCAUGUUGAUAGCCGAUGCAAUUAAAAGUGGAUUGAUUUUGGCGUUCGACUGUAUUGCACUUGCUGCCGGUGCAGUGUAUCUCGCAUGCUUGUAUCAUUAUCAAGUGGGACCAAAUGUAGCGACAGAGAAGAAUGAGCCAUGGUGGACUGUAUUGCAGCUACCGGAGAAGGAGCUGGAAGAAGUUGCGAGAAGCUACUUGUGGAUGUAUGAAGAUAGAAAUGGCGACAAGAUUAAAGGACUUGGACCAGACUUUAUGGAUCUUUGGACACGUUACCGGCCAUCUUUCAAUCGGCCCGACCUUGAGUAUGUAAAAGAAUUAGAUGCACCCUUGAAGGCCCCAUAG